AAGAUAACACAAAAAAACAGAAAACAAAAAAUUACUCGUUUUCUUAGCUCUGCAAAAUGUUCAAAAAAUGAAGUCUGUUUCAUAUAAUAAGUGCUAUAUCUAACAUUCUGAGUGCAAAAGCCCACUCAUUAUCGUACCAUGCAGCAACCCUGCAUAUAUCUCCUGUAACAUACGUACCGGAUAAAUCUACAAUUGCGCUGAUCAAUGGGGAAAUAUAGUGAAUGGAAUUGAGCUUGGAAAAAAGCUAAACUUACCUGAACUUUUUGGCUUCACUACAACCCUUUUGUUAAAUUCUCAAGGAAGAAAAAUGGGUAAAACCGAAAGUGGAGCUAUAUGGCUUGAUGGUAGUAUGCUAAAGCCAUAUGAUUAUUGGCAAUAUUUUCGUAACGUCGAUGAUCAAGAUGUUAGUAGCUUCCUAAGGUUAUUUACAGAUCUACCAAUUAGCGAAAUUAAAAAAUUGGAAUCUCUGCAAGAUCAAGAAAUCAAUGAAGCAAAAAAGAUUUUAGCGACAGAAAUAACAAAGAUAUGUCAUGGCAAGGAAGAAGCUGAACGUGUAAAGUCGGCAGCAGUUGCUACUUUUGAAAAUGCAGACAGUUCAUUACUGCAUGAAUAUGCUCUAAACAAAAAGCAAGUUAUCAAUGGUAUAGCUUUAAUAGAUCUAUUGUGCGCAACAAAACUGGAAUCAUCUAAAAAUGCAGCAAAGCGCCUUAUACAGGCUAAAGGAUGCAAAAUUAACGACAACAUUGUUUUUAACGUUGAUUAUAUUAUAAGUUAUAAAGAUUUUACAAGUAAGUCAUUUAUAAAACUAUCUGCUGGCAAAAAACGUCAUAUUAAAUGUUGUAUAGAAGGCGCUGAUACAAUUCAUUAGAUACAUGUUUU